AUGCAAGUCGAACAUCCUUUUCAAAUUCCAGCUUUUAUUGAUAAUGUUCAAAACGAUCAAGCUGCAGUUCCAGCACUCGGAUCAUUGCACAACUUGAUCCGUGGCCUGUUCGUGGCUGAUCAUUAUCGAUUUUAUUGGGUGUACGUGAUAGCAGUGGUUGGAUUGGUUGCUUUGAGUACAAUUUGUGGUUGGUGUUUGUUAGUCGCUUGCAUAGUCAAGAAACGUACAAGCCUCUUGACACUUCACAAGAUUCCAAAAGUUAAUGUUCGAAUUGGACUUCCCAAUACCACUUGCUUUACCGUUUUCUCUGCUUCAGUUAGUGCAGCUUGGUACAUCAUUUUUGCCAUUCAUCAAUUCCGUUUGGAUCAACAAUUGAUCCCAAGCGAAUUAAAUGCAUCAAUGUUUUGGAUGUGCGUUUUGUGUUUACCAUUUUGGUUCACACUUUACGUUCAAGCGAUCGAAUUUUGCGAUUUCCCAUUACUCAAAUCCAGAUCUGGCUCCAAGGGAAACAAAAAAGUGUUGGAAAUCAUUUUACGUCUUUUUGCUGGCUUUGUCGCUGUAAUCAUUCCGGCUUUCGUCAUCAUGGCUUCUAUUACAACCGGUUACAACAAUCAACAAGAUUAUGAACAAGUCGUGGCUGGAGUAAUGCAAUUCUUUGCCGACUCAGAUUCAUCACAAGAAGGAUUUGAAGUUACUGGUACUUCCGAUGGCGCAAUUAGCAUUUUCAGAAUGUACGAAGAAGAUGCAAUUAUCCAAUGGAAAAGUCUUGCUGGCGUUUAUGCUAGUGCAAAACCAAUCAUGAUCAUUUGGGCAAGCUACUUUGGCUUUUUGCUUGCUCUUUACCUUGGUGGAGCCGUGAAGCUUUAUGUAGCAUACAGAAAGACCCCCAAGGUCACAAAGACUGACACGAUCAUCCUGAGAAAAUUGGAAGGCGAUGUGGAAUCAGUCAUCUUUGACAACUCUACUGCAGACAACGAAAAGCAAGCUAAAUACCCCAAUUGCUACUUCUUACAAAAGUACAAGCACAUCUUCAGCGUCAUGCUUUGUAUCAUGUUCUUGGUCAUCUAUUCUUUCCUUGCCGCUCAGUUGACCUCACUUGUGGAAAUGGUGCAAAUUACUCAAUUCGUUGGUAAUUAUUUGGGCGUCUUGAGCUCGAUGAUGCUCUGCUCAAGUGUCUACACCAUCUUCCAUCUUUCGAUCAUGUAUGCCAACAAAGGUGCUGCCACUACCAAAUCAAAGUCCACCACGGAAGGUGACGUCGAACAUGAAUCACGUUCGGUCGAUACAGAUGCUACUCUUACAUCUUAA